UUGAGGAACUCGUGCACGCGCCCCAGGUAGACUUGCCCACAGGUGCGUGUGUUAGCGUGUGCAACUCUCUCUAAGUAGGACGCAUCUUUGGAAGAAAACACGCACACCAAACACGCACCCGACAGCAGACUUUGGGGGGAAAAAAUGUUGCUGUCACUAGCGAAUGUUUCAUUGAGGAAGAAAAUAUGAUAACGCGCGGGUAAAUCCUAAUUGUCGCUAGUUACUUUCCUGGUGGAUGGCUUGAGCGCAUCUCCGUGGACUCGAAAUGGAUCCUCACCUCAACAGACCUUGGCACGUUUUGCUUCUUAUUUGCGGCGUUUUAAGCGUCCUACAUGGCUCCGCGGGGGAAAUCCCACUUAACCCCACGCUGGAUGGUGGUGUUGCUGCUGGCGGUGGUGUGACGCUUGUGCCCCCGAUACAGCCGGACGGGCCACAGGCCUACCCGGAGCCCGAAAAGGACAGCUUGCCCGUUUUUACCAUGGACUACCCGAGGAUCCAAAUCCCUUUCGAGAUCACUCUGUGGGUGCUGCUAGCCUCUUUUGCCAAGAUUGGCUUCCACGUGUACAAUAAGAUCACUGUUUGGGUAUCCGAGUCCUGCCUGCUGAUCAGCGUCGGCCUCAUCGUUGGCGCCAUCAUGCACUCAGUUAACGAGGAACCCCCCGCCGUGCUGUCCAGCAAUGUCUUUUUCCUCUACAUGUUGCCGCCCAUCGUCCUCGACUCGGGCUACUUUAUGCCCACCAGGCCUUUCUUCGAAAACAUCGGCACGGUGCUGUGGUUUGCAGUGGUCGGCACCCUGUGGAACAGCAUCGGUAUUGGCAUGUCGCUUUUCGCCAUAUGCCAGAUCGAGGCGUUCGGCGUGCAGGACAUCAACCUACAGGAGAACCUGCUGUUUGCUGCCAUCAUUUCAGCCGUGGAUCCCGUGGCCGUGCUGAGCGUCUUCGAAGACGUGUCGGUCAACGAGCAGCUCUACAUUGUGGUGUUCGGAGAGUGUCUCUUUAACGAUGCUGUCACCGUGGUGUUGUACAACAUGUUCAACUUUGUGGCGGAAAUGCCAGUGGUGGAACCGGUGGACGUGUUCCUGGGCGUGGCCCGCUUCUUCGUGGUGGGCUUGGGCGGCAUGGGCUUCGGCGUGCUGUUCGGCUUCGUGGCAGCCUUCACCACCAGGUUCACCUCCAAGGUGCGGGAGAUCGAGCCGCUCUUCAUCUUCAUGUACAGCUACCUGGCCUACCUGGUGGCCGAGCUCUUUGCCAUCUCGUCCAUCAUGGCACCUCCACCAACCCUUCACCUCUCUCUUGCAGGUGUCUUGGUGCUGACUCAAAUCAUCAACCCCUUUCGCACCAUCGCCUUCAACCUAAAGGAUCAAUUUGGUCUGGCCUACGGUGGCCUGCGAGGGGCAAUUUCCUUCGCCUUGGCCUUCACAUUGCCGGAUAACAUCGGACGGAAGCAACUCUUUGUCACCGCCACCAUAGCCAUCAUCAUCUUUACUGUCUUUCUGCAGGGGAUCAGCAUCCGGCCUUUGAUCGAGUACAUUAACGUGCGCAGAACCAACCGCAAUUUGGACACCAUCAACGCUGAAAUUCACUGCAGGCUGAUGGAACACACCAUCGCUGGUAUCGAGGACCUGUGCGGACAGUGGAGUCACUUCUACUGGAAGGACAAGUUCAUGAAGUUCAACACUCGCAUCCUGCGUCGGAUCCUGAUCCGGGACAACCGUGCCGAGUCGAGCAUCGUGGCGCUGUACAAGAAACUGGAGCUGCAGAACGCCAUGGAGAUCCUGGACACGGUGUCGGGAGACAUCAGCGCUGCCCCAUCCAUCAUCUCCCUGCAUGAGGAGAAGAAAGGUCCCGCUAAGCCUAAGAGGAAAUUCCUGGCCGCUGACCUGAGGAACAUGCAUGACCUUCUGGCCAAGAACAUGUACAAGAUCAGACAAAGGACGACAUCAUACACCAGCAAGCAUGCGCUGCCCAAUGACAGCCGCACCAAAGAGAUUCUCAUCCGGCGCCACUCCAGCAUCCGGCGCAGCCUCCGCCCAGGAAGCUUCCAAGCGGCAUUGGUGCCAAAAUCGCACAAGUACUUCUCACUUCCUGCUGGGAAGAACCUGGACUCGAAUUUCCCACCUGUGAGGCAGAGCGACACUGACGAUCACGAAACCAUGUCGGAGUUUUCGUUCCCCGCCAGACGCUCUCACUUGGCCCCGCCCUCACGCUCGUCAUCCAGGGCAGCGCUUCCUCUGCGGCGGCUGGACACGUUGGAGGAAGUUCCGUCCGUGGACUUCCUGGACGAAAGGCGGCCCCGGAGGGGUCGAGCGAGACCACAUUCUACGUCCGUGGAGCCUCGCCGCCACGUAGACCCAUCAGAAAAAGAAAAUGACAACAGAGGCGGCUCCACCGUGGCUCCUGCCUGGGCCGCGGAACCUCGAGACGAAACCGCUCGGAAUCCUCUGCUCAGGAGGCCUCAAUGGAAACCCAAAAAGUGAAGACAUCACUACAUGCAACAUCGACACCGCAUGGCCUUUUCGUAUGUUUUUUUUUUUUUUUUUUUUUUUAACAACUAUGCAACUUAAACUGAGAGAACAAUUAACAUUGUGAUCCACCUUGAAAAGUUUCGGAAUUUAAUCUGUCUCUCGUAUUUUUGUAAUGUAUUUAACAUUUUUUAAGGUGAGUAUUGUGUGUGUUAAUUUUUAAUUACAUAUACCAGUAAAUAUUGUUUUUAAUUCAUUGUUUUGUGUGGAUUUGACUUUUUUUUUUCUCCAUUUGAGCUGCUGCUGCUUGUGUAUAUCAGAGCGCUGAGGAGUAUUUGAAUGAAUGAUCUAUUUUGGGUGAAAAAAUGGAUGACUGUGACAGCUUUGGAUAUAAAAAAAAAGUUUCCACAUUUAAUAGUAGUGCAAAUCCAAACUAUAAUUGAUAAAAGUGACAUGUCAAGAAGUCUUGCAAAAUACUCAUUUGAUGACAUUACAUUGCGGACAUCCCAUUCAUUUUUUUUUUAAUCUGGGUUUAGUGGGGUAUUUGGGGCGCUGGCAUAUUGAACCUGUGCCAGCACUGCCACAUGACCAGUGCAGUGAUUUCAAAAGAGUCUUUUAAACCCAACCCACCCCUCCAAAAUCCCAUUUAUUCAUUGUGCCUCUUCUGCCUCAGUGGGACCCUUUUACCUCAUAGGCUGUGUUGGCAAUUUCUAUUGAAUAG